AUGGAGAAUCUCUUUGAUUUGAAAAGCGUUAUUGAGACUUGGCUGACAUCCAGCCAGACGUCCUGGGUGGUUGACACCAUCCUCGCAUUCCUGUGUGGACUGGGGAUCUUCCUCCUGUUACUUCCUUGCUUCCAGAGUAAUCCAUCCUUACCACCAUCUAGAAAACUUAGAAACAGCAGGAAGUGGACUCUCCUGAGUUGGGAGAUAGGAACUUCAGCUUGCAGAGAUUGCCUGAAAGAACUGGAGGAGACUCAUAGCCUGGUUUCACUUCUGCAAAGCCACCUGGGGAGGCUCCCUGACAAGGGAAGCUUUCAUCUGCUCUCAUGUCAAGAAACCCCUGGUGAGACGUGUGAAGCAGUGCCUGCUGGAGUCUGCCAGCCUUGUGGGGAGCCUGUAGAAGAUGCUGCUCCUGCCAUACCCCCAUUGGCUCCUCUGAGCAAGCACCCUCCACCACUGGCCUCCACCCUUUUACCAGGCCCGACGACCUCCUCAGCAUCUGUUCAUUCACACACAUCUCUGAAUGCCUCUCAGCCACCAGAGCCUUCUGUUCCCCUGGCCAGCCUUUCACCCUGGCCACUUGAUCUUUCCUCUCCCCCACCAUGUCCACCUGAUUCAGAGGCUUGCCCUCCACCUCCAACAGCCUCCUCUGCCCCCACACCACAAGAUUCUACUCCAACUCUUACUCAGGAUGAUCCCUCAAUGGCACUACCGCUGGGCACUGUUCCACAGAACUUAUCUCCACACAACCCUGGGUCAACAUCUCUCGCCCCAGCCAUCUCAGGCUUUGGUCGCUCAGGUUGUCCCCCUUCAGCUCUGUCCCGGUGGCAGGCAGCAGCCAAAGCCUUGUGCCUCUCAAGAUCAUCACAGGGAAAGUCCCAGGAAAAGCACCUUUCCUACCACCCACCAGACGCCUCAUUCUCAGUAGGCCCCUCAGACAGAGAGAUGGAGGCUAGUAGCCCCUCUUUGCUCAGCUCUGAUGACCAGAAGCUCCUAGAGAUACAAAUGACAAAGACAGUCGAGAUCAAGAUUUGGAAGGAGAAAGAAAAAGAUGGAUCAAAUUUAAAACAAAUGAGCCCAGACUGCCACCUGGAUUCCUUGGGGAGUAUGUUGAAAGCACUGGGUGCUGAUCAAAACACCACAAUUGCCCAAACUUUCUGGAACACAAAAGACAAACCAGAGCAGCUGCCUUGUCCUCAGCAGCUCUCAUAUCCCAACCAUCUACAGCAGGAAUAUAACCAGCUUUUCUGGGGUCUCCCUUCUUUGCACAGUGAAUCCUUGGUGGCUACUGCCUGGAUCUCUGAGAGCCCUUCAGCACCCCAAUCUCCUUCUUUCUUAUUCAACAGAAUUCCAAACGCCAGCCCAGUUCAAAUGCAAGCUAAAAUAUUUCCACUGCUUUCCCAGUUCCAGCCCCUAUCCCGUCUGGAGUUCCAAUCUCAACCUUUUAUUCCAACAAUACCUCAAUUCCAGCUCACACCUCUGGCUCAGGUCCAAACACAGGCCCCGCUCAAACCUUCUCUCCCAAUUGAAACACAUUCUUCUCCACCCCAGAUUAGAGCCUGUGGAAUACGUUGCCCUUUAGCCCCGAAUAAGCCACAAUCUCUCACUCCAACUGAGAUUCCACAUUCAGAACAGUCCUUGUUGCUGAAGCAACUAGAAAAUGCAUGGGAUUUAUCCUCUGAGGUCAAAAGAUCUCAGGAAGUCUCUAGUGUCUUCACGUCCAAAUUUCCUGAGGACAGCUGGGUAGGCUCCAUCCUUCCUGAGAAUUUUCCAAUCAGUCCUGAGCUCCGGAAACAACUGGAACAACACCUCCAAAAAUGGCUCAUCCAACACCGGUGGGAGCUUCCCCAAAGGAUCCAAGAGUCUUUAGAGAUAAGUCAGCUUCAAGAAGAAUUUCCAAGGACACGACAAGCAAAGGCCAAGCAUGGACCCUCACGGCCCUCUUCAUUUAUAGGUGAAAGCAGCAAGGAUGCACAGAAGGUGGGGUUCCGGCGAAGCCAGGACCUGGGUAAGGGCCUGGGGCAUAUUCUGGGGAAGGUCCCAAAAGAUCUGUCUGGGAGCUCAGAAAGCUCCCUAGUGAAAUUUCAGGAGGAGAAUCCUGAGGAGUCAGAAAGUGACUUGAGUCUCCUGAAGAAUGAUUUAGGAAUUAAUUUACUAAGGAGCUUAGACAAGGAUCUAGAAAAAAUCCUGAAAGGCCAUUUGGUCAGGAAGCUGGGAAAGGUUGCCAAGGAUUUGAUUCCUAAGGAUGUGAAUCAAUCCCGGCUCACUGUCAGUCAUGCUUCUCUCAAGUCUGACACUCACAUGGAAACCAGGAAUCUGGGAAUCCUGAAGAGUUGGGCACCCUGUGUGAACACCUCCCAUAGGGUUUCCUUCCUUGAUCCAGACACUCGAGAUGGGCUAGAAGCACAUAUCAUAAGGUUUCGGGUAAAGCAUAGGUGGGGCUUACCCCUCAAGGUCCUCAAGCCCAUAAAUCUCUUUAAGUUGAAAAAAGCUCAACCCUCACCCAUUCGGCAGUUUUCCUUUUGCCCCUCAGCCACCUAUGUAUCUGAGGCCCGUUCAACAGUCAGAUUUGCAGAGUUCCUUGGAAAGCCCCCUCAGGCCCAUUCAAGGGAGAGGGUGAUAACAAAAGAGUCAGCUCCCACCCUGGUGAGGUCUCUCCUUGGCCCCUCACCUGUGAGUGAGGAAGCCCAGAGGGUCCUGGGAAGGAUCCCAGCUAGUGAGUACCAUGGGCCCUCCAAGGCUUCUCUGACUGGACGGGAGGCCAGGCCACCUUCUCGGUCCCUCACAGUCAGCCUUAUGGGCAGAACCUGGAAGAGCGAGACUGUGGAGUGGGCCAAGAGGGACAGCCUAGAGCCACAUUCAAGUUCAGCAUUGGCCUGGAAUGAGCCAAGAGAAGAGAGGGAUUGCCAGGCUUCACAAGACACCAGCCAGGGGAUACCAAUUCUGGAAGCGAACUUAGGAAUGCAGUCUUUGAGAGCUGAAGAGGCCAGGGAGGCAGUGGAGCCUAAGGAGUCCUCUGCUCUUAAACCACAAUCUAGAGUUAUCUUGGGAACCAAAAUGCUGACAAAAUGCCAAACCACAAAUGUACACAUGACGAGUUUAAGGGCUCCAGGAACCAGUAAAAUCUCCCUGCUCCCUAGAAUGUCUGCUUUCCAACAUCCAGGUGAGCCAUGCCUUAACACAGAGGUCGCUCAUGAGUUUAAGUCCAAAGUGAAGCUACAGUCAGAUAACCAGCUUCAAGGCUGUCCCAAACACAUGUUUCUUGCUGCAAAAAACUUGUCUUCUCGGGUGUCCCAAUACCCUCCCCCAAAAGUGCCCACUGGAGAUAGGUUAGCUUCCCAGGCAUUAAGUGGACCCAUGGCAGCCCCAAGGAGCAGGCUAGGGCAGCAGGAGCCCCAAACUUCAAAACUUCAGGACUCAUGGAAGAGCCAGAGCAAGAUGAUUGCCACUAUUUCUAAGAGAAGGGACUGUAGGGGACCUAAACCAGGAGAACAUGAAGAAAGUUUUAAAGAAUUAGGGACUUCUCAAGCUGGAAAUAUGAGCCACCCUGCCCAAGGCAGGGGAAUAAUAGGCUCUGUUGGGAGCAAAUGUCCCCAUCCCAUGCCGGAGAAGAAACAGGGUCCUCCAGAAAGCCCCUUCCGAAAAAGAAUGAGGCUAUUGUUUGAGUGGAUUUUCCCCAGUAAAAAAGUCAAAAGUCAGGACGCUUUGCAAAAAGGCAAGCCUGUCUCAGCUAUUACUGAAAGCCAAGGACCAAUCAAAAGCAAAUCUAUCUUGAAGAGUGAGACUGCUGAGGCUCAGGCACUCAUGACAGCUGUUGGUCAUAUUCUAGAAGAAAAAAUGGCAAUUCACCAUGGACAUCAUGCCACAAAGUUAAAUGACCACAGACAGGAACUCCAAGCUUCAGUAUGUGGGUGUUCCUGCUACCACAAGUUUCUCUUCUACCCAGAGCAAGGGAAAAUGGUGGGUUAUAGAGCCUGCAGUCACCAAGCCAACUUCAAGGACCAGAGUUGUUCUUUCAGGGAAAGGGAAGUCAGACAUCAACAGUCCUCAAAAAGUGUAAGAUUCAACGAUGAGCCGACAGGCCUUAGGCAACCCCCCACCUUAUCCCCCAAGAAGACUUUGUCUCCAGUCAGUCCCUGCCAGCAUGGGUCAAGGAUGCCAGGUGCCCUAGCCCGCCAUCAACACUGUCCAAGGCACUGUUGUCUUCGGGGAGGUGUCUUGCCUAGCAAACCAUAAAUUGCUUCUCUAGUCUUUCCUUUAGUAGGAAAACAUGUCUCCAAGAAAAAAUUUAGUUCAUGUAAAGAAAAUGUUUUUCUCAUUAAUUCAUCCAAGGUGUGUAAUGUUUCCCAAUACAUAUACA